AUUAUGAAGAAAGUUCUUCGUUUAUAAGCUCGACUGCCGGAAAGUGCAGAGAAUUGAAACCUAAAAUUGAAAAUCCCUUGUAUUUCUCCAUCACCAUUUUCUUCACCAUUUUCUUCCAUAAUCGUUUUUAGUUCCUUUUUAUUUAUUGUUUUGAGGCUCAAUGGAUCCCUACUACGAACAGCGCCUCAGAGAAGAAGUGAUCUACCUCCACUCCCUGUGGCACAAAGGCCCGCCAAGACCCAAUUUCCCAAAACCCAACCUCACUACCCUCCACCCCACAAACCCUACCCACUUCAAGAAGAAAAGGGGAAACCGACCGCUAGGGUAUCGGAACAAACCCCGGACGGAAACUUUAGAUUCCGGCAUUGAAUGGCCCUGCAAAACCCCGCCAAAGUCGCCGGCGGCAACCGAUUCCGGCUGGCCAAGUCUCCGCGCCCCGUCUAAUUCCGAACCCCGUUCGCUAACCCCCGAACAACAAGCCCGGCUGGCUUCUGAUCACGCCCAGAAAGCGGCGUUGAAGGCUGCAAGUAAAUUUCUCAGCCGCGGAGACGAUGAAUGCACAGAUGAAGCCGAGGAGGAGGAAGAUGACCCAGAGGGCGACGAUACACCGGAGGGAGAAGGGGGAGCGAAGUUGGAAUUUUUCGUGAAAUUGUUCGAGGACGACAGCGCGUUGAGGGAAUACUAUGAGAAGAACAAUGCGGGCGGAGAGUUCAGCUGUCUGGUGUGUUAUGCGGUAGGGAAGAGAGGGUGGAAGAGGUAUAAAGACUGCGUGGCUUUAGUUCAACAUUCCAUUUCUAUUACCAAGACGAAGAGUACUCAGGCUCAUCGCGCAUACGCCCACGCCAUUUGUAAGCUUCUUGGAUGGGACAUUAAUCGCCUUCCCUCUAGUAUUGUCUCAGUGGACAAUAAGCUUCGUCCUUGUUCUAAUAACCUGGUUGAGGCUCAGGAGAAUGAUAUCGGCUCUGGUAAAGAUGGGUUAAAUGUUCCAGGUAGUGAUACAGGGCUUAUGAGUAUUAGUAUUGAUGGCUCUAAGGGGUCUGCAAAUAAUGAAAACGCGGGAGCUAAUGAUGCUGGAUCUGCACUGCUCGAGAGUAACAUUGACAACCGUGUUAAUGACGAGUUGAAGCUCCCCGAGUGUAUUAAGGAUGUUGUGAACGUUAAUAGUGGCGAAGUGCCUCUUGAAAAUGAGUCCACUAACAAUGAAAACUUACGAGAUAACAUUAGCAGUACUGGCGAAGUGCCUCUUGAAAAUGAGUCCACUAAUAAUGAAAACUUACGAGAUAACAUUAGCAGCUGAGGUGCAGUUUCAGAGGUUAGUUAUCCCUGUAGUAAUUGUUCUAAUGCAGUUUAGCAACUUCUCAAGUAGUGGUGAAUGGCCGAGAAAGAGAGCCCGCUUAUUUGUAUUCCCGAAUUUAUUUGUUUUAGUAGAGUAUUGUAUUUUUCGCGUUGUUAAACAGAUGAGCAGAAAUGUUAGAAAGAAAGAAGAGGAGGUCAUUGAUGGUAGAAAGAGAUUAAGGAUGGAGUUUGGGGGACGCAUACAUUUUGGUUGUGUUUGCGUGUAUUGAUUGAGAGAUAGAUAGAUAGAUAGAUAGUUCAUUUGAUGGGGGGUUGAUUGAUUGAUGCUGUAUGUUUAUUGAUCAGAUUUGUGAAGUGUAUAUUUGAUAAUUUUUUUAAAUAAACUAUAUAUAUAAAGCAGAAAAGCUACCUGA